AUAUAUAUAUAUAUAUAUAUGUGUCAUGUUUGCCAUUCCUGAGUUUUCCGUGUAUUUCGGCACUUCCCCUUGCAGUAGAUAAUAGUGGUAUUAAUAGCUUAAUCCAUAACUGAGAAUUAUAUAUUGGUGUGUGUGGGUGUGUAUGUUGAGGUUACUUUGGUGCGCUUUCAUGGGAAUAUGAACAGUGGAGCGGCAAAACAUUGCGUUCUGUGUAUAAAACUGACACGUGUACGUGCUUUGUGACUAUAGGAACAAACAGGACCCCAACAACAUACAUUUUAUAAACCCCAGUGGUAGCGAAUAACGCUCUGCUUUCAGCAAGCGCAUUUACAGAGAACGCAGACACUUGAAAUUCAGCAUGUCCAGAAAAUGGGGACCCUUUGAAGAUCAAAAAACAAGAGGUGAUAGGAGACCAACAUGCAUGCCUGGUUUUGUUUUUCUCCUGUUUUUAAUUAAAGCUGACGUGGAAGCCAGUUACAUUAGCGCCAUCCCAGUCGUUCAGCUCUGUAGUCAUUAAAGGGCUUGUGCACGUGAAACGCUGUUUGGUUCGCCUGGUGAUUGGAUCCAAAUCACUUUUGGUUGUUGGGUUUGUUUUUUGUUUACUUUUUUUCUUUUGCUUAUAUUUGAUUGUAGUUCCUCAAGCAUUGUGAAAAUGUCUCAUGUCACACUCAUGUAAUAUGAAAUAAAAACAUUUUAUAAAUCAUGUGGAAAAUGUGGAAUAUCUUUCAAUCAAUGAUUUACAGCUGAAUAAAUUCGAGACCUAUCGUUCAACUCUUAACGAAAAUAGUAGGGUUCCAUGAAGCAAAAUCAUUAAAUUAUAAUUGUCUGCUGGUGUUAAGAGGGAGUCUGGGACAAUGGAGUAGUUUUAGGAUCCAACGGUCCGAACAAACAUCGGGCAGAACCUUUUUAUUAUAGCGGCCAUAGAGUGGUUCGUCGCUCCUGUUGCCGCCCAUAUCAGUCGGCGACUGUACAUUCCGACCCUUGGCUCUAACAACCAGCCUUCUGGCGCCUCAUCACAGCGUCUGCCAAUUUAACGGCUAAAUAAAGAACCGUUGGCAUCAUAACACAAAACAUUUAUCCCCAUACUUAUUAGUUGACUGGUACAUCGAGUACACCCCCAUGCCAAACCACUCUGUGUCUCAAUUUCUUCGAAAAGUGAUGGUUUUUGCCGAUCAUUUACAUAUUCUUUUUGAGACCGAGUGAAUCAGAGAAGGAUUCGGACAUGAGGGAUUAGGAUGAGGAUCAACUCGGAAAUUAAAUAUAGAUCGCCGCAGUCGCGCAGAUGUCGCACAGUUUCAAAUCACUGUGCUUAAAUAGGCCCGGCUACUCUUACGUAAGACUAUAUACGAUUAUUUUCUCCAUGUCCAGUGAUAUCGGUGGAUAACUGUUUGAAGAAGGCACCGUUUCCAUCACUUGCUGUAUGUUUUUUCCACCAGUCUCUUUUCCACUAGUUGGCUUCCGGGUGUGUGGGACGUGCGGCUCGUUUUCUCCAGCUCCGCAUGCCUCAACACAACAAAGGUUUCCAUCACGGCGCUACUAUUUCUUACUUUUAUGUAUGAAGUGUAUAGACUCCUCAUGGGUGGAAAAAGCUUCAUUUUCAAUGUAUAGAUCCAGGGGAAAUCCCAUUUCGCCUGUCGUGAGUUUAGAUUAGACAUUUCCAUUCUGUGAGGAUUGCCUACCGUUCGCGUUAGUUGAGCUCCGGAAAAUAUGGAACAACUUUUGUUACUAACAAUUUCUGUGGUUUUAACGGCGGGUGCCAGGACACCGCCGGCCAUUGACAACUACAGUGAAUAUACCACCUUACGCGCAGUGCUGACAGACUUCGACGUGUUGCCUCUCUCUGGCGUCCAGGCCCACUCAGUCCGCCGCCGCGACACUCGGACACAGACAACAACACACCUGGAGCGGCUCAUCAGCUUCAAUGCCCUGCACAGGCAUUUCAAGCUGUACCUGCGGACCAACACAGAGCUCUUCACAGAGGACUUUAAGGUUGUUGUCAUCGACAGUGAUGGCCAGGAGAAAGGCUAUGAGGUCAACAGACAGAACUACUUCACGGGACAUGUCAUUGGGGAGGAGAACUCUCGGGUCCAGGCCCAUAUGGAUGGAGAUGAGUUCUCAGCCCGCAUUAUGACCCACGACGCAGAAUACAACCUGGAGCCUCUGUGGAGGUUCACCAGAGCGCCUCCAGACGGCCGUCUGCUGGUAUAUCGCUCGGAGGACAUCAGGAAUAUCAGCAGGCUGGCCCGGCCCAACGUCUGCGGCUACGUGCACCCCGACCCCGGGCACCUGCUGCCUGACGACAUGGGGGCGACCCUGGGGGCCAAGCAGGAAGAGGAGGCCGGCGGCAGAGAGAAAAGGCAGGUGUACGACCACACGAAGAACACCUGUCCCCUGCUUUUGGUGGCUGACCACCGGUUCUUCGAGAACAUGGGCCGCAGUGAGGAGAGCACCACCCUCAACUACCUGAUCGAGCUUAUUGAUCGGGUGGAUGACAUCUACAGGAACACAUCCUGGGACGAAGAGUUCAAAGGUUAUGGCGUUCAGAUUCAACAGAUUAUCAUCGAGAAGGCUCCCACCUCAGUCCCCCAUGGAGGGGCCCACUUCAACAUGAAAGGCAGCCCAACGACUGGCAAGGGCGUCUGGGACGUCAAGAGACUGCUGGAGCAGUUCAGUCAGGACAUAGCGGAAAAGGCCUCCCAGGUGUGUCUGGCUCACCUGUUCACCUACCAGGACUUUGACGAGGGCACCCUGGGCCUGGCCUACGUCGCCCCCGCUAAGACUGGCGUUCCUGGAGGACUCUGCUCCGAGAAAUGCCCACCGUCUCCGUCCAGUGGGCACAGAGCGAUCUACCUCAACACCGGACUGACCAGCACCAAGAACUAUGGGAAAACCAUCCUCACCAAGGAGGCGGACCUGGUGACCACCCACGAGCUGGGCCAUAACUUCGGGGCGGAACACGACCAGGACAACACCCCAGAGGGAUGCGCCCCAAGUGAGGACCAGGGGGGGAAGUACGUCAUGUACCCCAUCGCCGUCAGUGGGGACCACGUCAACAACAAGCUGUUCUCCGAGUGCAGCAGGCGGUCCAUCGUGAAGCGUCUGAGGCUGAGGGCGCCGACCUGCUUCAAGGAGCGCAACAGCAACGUCUGCGGGAACUCCCGGGUGGAGCAGGGCGAGGAGUGCGACCCCGGCCUGCUGCACAUCAACAAGGACCACUGCUGCACCUCCGAAUGCAAACUGAGGCCCACUGCCCAGUGCAGUGACAGGAACAGCGCCUGCUGCAAUGACUGUCACUUUGAAGCGGAGGGCAAGGUUUGCCAGGAACCCAUCGACGCCACAUGCAAGGGAAACUCCUACUGCACAGGGAACAGCAGCGAGUGUCCCCCACCUGAGAACGCUCCGGACAAGACGUUGUGUCUGGACAACGGAGAGUGUGCGGACGGGCAGUGUGUUCCCUUCUGCGAGGCGGUGCUCAGCCUGCAGUCCUGCGCCUGUAACGAAACCAACUCUUCCUGUAAGACGUGUUGUCGGAAUCUGCGGGGAGUGUGCGCCCCCUACCAGGACGAAACCGGCAGUUUCCAGUUCCUGCGUAAAGGGAAACCAUGCACCGUGGGAUUCUGUGACGGAGCGGGGAAGUGUAUGAAGCAAGUACAGGACGUGAUCGAGCGUCUUUGGGACUUCAUCGACAAGCUGGACAUCAACACGUUUGGCAAGUUCCUGGCGGACAACAUCGUGGGCUCGGUGGUGGGCUUCUCCCUCAUCUUCUGGGUCCCUCUCAGCAUCCUGGUCCACUGUGUGGACAAGAAGCUCGACCGGCAGUUUGAGCAGAACACCAAGACCAUGUUCUUCCCCAGUAACGCAGAGCUCCUGAGCAGCCUGGAGCCAGCCACCAUGCAGAUCUUCAAACCCCUUCACCCCUCCUCCGGAUACCGCUUCUACCCUCCCUCGGGACCCCUACAGACCAGCACCCCCCCCUUUUCAAGCCCCGCCCUUUUCCUGCCUCCCAGCCAAUCGCACCCUCAGUCGCUCUCCGGCCCUGGACUAGCCCCGUUGGACAGCCCCAACGUCAUGGCAACCAUCCAGGAAGACCCGUCUCUGGAUCCCCACCUGGAGCAGGAUGUGCUGGAGAAGGCCUUCUCUAGGGGGGUGGGGGGGCACAUGGGGGCGGCCCGCUCGUUUGAGGACCUGACGGGGCACGCCCUGACCGGACGCAGCGACAAGGCCCAGUCCUUCAGGCUGCAGCGGCAGAGACGCAUCAACAGCAAGGAGACCGAGUGCUGAGGCAGAGAGCUGGGGCACCUGGGAAAACGGUUCUUUGGGAAUAGUGUUAAGGAGUCCGUACACGUUGUUAUUAUUUUUUUUCACGGUUAAUUUGGACGGCAGAGAUUGUAACGCCAAAUUGUCAACGUGGGAGGAUUUUUAUCUAUUUUCUUAUUUUUCUAUUUAGAAAAAAAAGAACAAUCGCACAUUUGAAUCAAUUUAACAUUCAGACCCUGUAACCAGUGUUAAUAUUUUAUAAUCCCAAUCCGGUAUCAGACAUAUUGUCCAAUUUUAUUGGAUUUCACCAGUGUCACAGAAAUGGUUUUCUAUAAAAUGUUAUAACACGUUACAUACGCAUAAGAAAUUACAUAGUGGAAAUCAAAGCCAUAUAUCUUAAUCUAGCAACUGAAUAGAAUCCCAGUGUGUUAGUGUGAGCCCUUGGUAGCACAGAUUUACACAUAAUGCCAUAUGCCUAUAAUUAUGCCCAUUAAACUGGGUUAAAAGGCAUACCGCUUGGUUCGUUUUAACAGAAGCCUGGUCAGCAUUACAGAGAGAAUCAGUUCGCUAGACAUGCUUGAAUACCAAAGAAAGGAUUUUGAGGAUACAACUGACUAAGCUUUAUUUUGAAGGAAAAAUCACUGGAAUUCCUACUGUCUUGAUAAUGUUAUCCGUGGUACCAUUUUCAGGUUCAAUUAAUCUGUGUUCCCUUUGUGGUACUAUUUAGUAAUUUAGCAGAUGCUUCAAUCCUGAUCAUCUUACUUAGUUUCAACACAUGUUUCUAAGUGAAUAGGGGGUAAGGCAUGAAGGUGGACAUUAGGGUUUAAACCCAGAGACCUUCUGCUUGGAAGCCACAAUCCUAACCACAAGCUAAUCCUGCCACGUUUUGGGAUUGUUUAAAGAGUCUAAGAAUUGUAUGUGGCUGCACUACAAUACUAAAAGCAUUUGAAUGCUUCAAACUACUUCUUUAAGGCCAUAUGGCGAACACUACGCUAUGGAGAAGUUGGCUGUUAGCACUUUUCACACUUUAUUAUUAUUUUUGUAGUAUUUUAAUUGUACUCAUACUGAUAAAUAUGGUUUACACAUUGUGGGCAAAUUGUAAAUGUUGUGUUCACAUGUCAUGUUACAUGAUGACAUCAUGUCUUAAGGUCUGUUCAUAUGAUAAAGCCUACGUGUCAUUUAUUCACCUCCAUGCGGUCUAUGACAAUACUUAGCGACAGUCCCCUUGUUGUUGUGAUGCGGGUCAGAGUGCUAUUAUACCAACCACCACAGGUCAUUGGAGUGAUAAAAGCUGUUAGCAUAGUAAUGUCUGUCCUUGACUGUGAUGGCUGCCAUUUGUUAUCUACUCAUUCCCCUGCCCUGACCCACCAAUGUAGCUGUAACCUUGUGGUUUUCAACACAUGAUCUUAUGGUUUGAUGUAUUUCAUCCUAAUCUUUCAGUCAUCGAGUAUAGAACUCUAAAUUGGUGGCAGGGGUUGUCGUAUCGUAAACAACUUUUUUUUUUGCAAUAUUCUUUUUAAUAAAUCGGAUGUGGUUGUAUGUUA